CGGCCACUUUAUUGGUUUCUGAGUGUACAAAAAACUAAAAAUUGCUCAAAAUAUUCAAAGCAUAAUAAAGCAAAGAAUUCUUUUCUGUAAACUUUUACAAAUUUUAGCAAAAAGUAAGCCAAACACAAAUUAGUGAUUUCUAGAGAGAGAAAGAGUAGAAACACAAAAGAGUUUUGGAGAGAGAAAGAAAGGAAGGAAGAAAGAGGAAAGAGAAAGCUGAACUGAUAAGAGUUUCAGACAUUGUUAAACCUGCAACAUUUUUUUCUGGGUUCUGUUAUAACUUAAAAACUGGUGAAUUUCUUUUAGUGAAUAUUACUGAGGAGUGAGAAGAAGUGAUGGCCGGAGGUGCAGCACCAGCUAAGGCGGACGAGCCAGCGCCGCACCCGCCGAAAGAUCAGCUCCCUAGUGUUUCUUACUGCAUUACUAGUCCUCCUCCAUGGCCUGAGGCCAUCCUUCUUGGUUUCCAGCAUUACAUUGUGAUGCUUGGCACAACUGUUCUCAUCCCCAGUGCUCUUGUACCCCAGAUGGGAGGAGGAAAGCAAGAGAAAGCAGAAGUUAUUCAGACAUUGCUUUUUGUUGCUGGUUUGAACACUCUACUUCAGACAACAUUCGGGACUCGAUUGCCAGCUGUGAUUGGAGCAUCUUACACCUUUGUUGCACCAACUAUUUCCAUAAUCUUGGCUGGUCGAUACAGUCAAGAACAAGAUCCUAUAAGAAAAUUCAAGAGUAUAAUGCGGGGAAUACAAGGGGCAUUGAUUGUUGCUUCAGUCCUUCAAAUUGUCCUUGGCUUCAGUGGUCUUUGGCGUAACGUCACAAGGUUUCUGAGCCCAUUAUCAGUGGUUCCCUUGAUAUCUAUGGUUGGCUUUGGACUCUACGAACUUGGUUUUCCUGGGGUGGCAAAAUGUGUGGAGAUUGGCUUGCCUGAGCUAGUGCUUCUAAUAUUUAUUGCAAUUUAUCUAUCGCAAGCUACAAAAUUUGGGAAGCACGUUUUUGAGCGGUUUGCUGUUCUGAUCUCUGUGGCUAUAGUUUGGCUAUACGCGCACAUCCUUACAGUGGGUGGAGCAUAUAAUCAUUCAGCACCAAGGACACAGACCACAUGUCGUACUGAUAAAUCCGGACUUAUAAGUGGUGCUCCAUGGAUCAGAGUUCCAUAUCCGUUCCAAUGGGGAGCGCCCACGUUUGAUGCUGGAGAAGCCUUUGCUAUGAUGUUGACUUCAUUUGUUGCUCUCGUUGAGUCCACUGGUGCCUUCAUUGCAGUCUCAAGGUCGGCUAGUGCAACAAUGAUGCCUCCUUCUGUUCUUAGUCGCGGUGUUGGUUGGCAGGGAGUUGGCAUUUUGUUGUCUGGGUUGUUUGGAACCGGGAUUGGGUCCUCCGUUUCUGUUGAAAACGCCGGCCUUUUAACACUAACACGUGUUGGUAGCAGACGGGUUGUCCAAAUAUCAGCUGGCUUUAUGUUAUUCUUCUCCAUUCUUGGUAAAUUCGGAGCAGUGUUUGCUUCAAUUCCUUCACCAAUCAUCGCUGCUCUGUACUGCCUCUUCUUUGCCUAUGUUGGCUCUGUUGGUUUGAGCUUCCUUCAGUUCUGCAAUCUCAACAGCUUUCGUACAAAGUUCAUACUUGGAUUCUCCAUUUUCUUGGGUUUAUCGAUACCUCAAUACUUCAAUGAGUUCGAAGCAAUUAAGGGUUUUGGGCCCGUCCAUACUGGCGCAAGAUGGUUCAAUGACAUGGUGAACGUUCCCUUCUCUUCGGAAGCAUUUGUAGCUGGAAUCGUAGCAUAUUUCUUAGACAAUACACUACACCGGAAAGAAGGGUCAGUGAGAAAGGACAGGGGUAAGCAUUGGUGGGAUAAGUUCCGGUCUUACAAGGGUGACACGAGGAGUGAGGAAUUCUAUUCUCUUCCCUUCAACCUAAACAAGUACUUCCCAUCGGUGUGAUUAUUGUAAUCUUUUGAAGAUGGGUUACUUAUCACCAAAAAGCAUUGAGCUUUCCACGAGUAUGAUCGAUGGUCGUGCUCUAUACUAGUAAUCAUUAUUUGAUCGACAAUAUGCAAUAGUUUUUCAGUAUAAAUUAGUUUGUUACUUUUUGUAGGAUGCCUUUUAGGACGAAUUAUUUGUUUAUUUAUGUGUUGUAAAUCCAAUGUAUUAGUUGUAAUGAAGCGAAGCAACAAAAGAAACAAGGCCAAUAUAAUGGUUUACGAAUCAGGAUUUAUUGCCGGUGUUGUGUAACGCCCUCCCGCUUAAGAGCGUAAAGUAGAUUUGCAGUGAUAUAAUCUCGAGCUUGGUAGUUUUUCUGCACAGGAAUAUAGCGGUAUACGAGGGCUCGUAAGUCGUAAUAGGCUGAUCAGACUUCAGACUUCAGACUUCAGAUUCAUUCAGGUUGCAUGCAAGAGGAGGUAGUUGAAGCUGUUAGUGAACUUUUGUUCGAAGUUAUGUUGAAAGUGUAUCAAGUCCUACUGUAAGUUUCUAUUUGUGUCAUGUAUUAGCAUAAAUAACUUAUUUUGAUGAGUAGAAACACAAGAUAACCGUGAUUUUAUCCGACUUUUUAUAUUUCAAGUGUUUUUAUUCAAUAAUAUGAUGUUCGUGUCUCUA